UCACAGUUGAUCCUUGGCAUCGGAACGCCGUUGGCGCUGUCACGGGAGAACGUGAUUAUUGGUGCCUUUGUAAAGUUCGUUUACGACAUGCCGGCGAACGCGACGGACUUCACCGAGCCCGGAGUCUAUUACUCUCGAACGCAGAAGAGCAGAUGGAGCAUUUACAAGGCGUUGGAGAAGGUCGCGGGCCUCUACGGAUUCGGCGGGAAACAAUGCCUGUUGAAAGCCAUUUGCGAGACUGCCGCGAUGCCAUUCGAAGGCACUCACAGCUUAUUGGGACAGUUGCUGCAC